GCGGGACAUUAAGGGGCGUGUCUAUUCUGUUUAACGUAGCCUGUUUGAUUACACUCGUCAAUUAGAAGUGAGUUAUCAGUGGAUUUUCUCGAAAAUUACUUGUAUUCGACGUUAAAUUGAUAUGUAUUAAAAUGGUUAUACACUACAUAAGCGUCUUAGACUGAUAUCCUAAUGUUUGGUGGAGAAUGGAGGAGAAAUCUUCCUCAGGUUAUGAAGGAGCGGUGAGCUGGUAUAUGAGUCUCUCUAAACUGGCUCUGGCUGUGGCUAUUAUUAAGAUCAGACCUUCAGGUGGAGCCAGACAGUUUGCUGAGUCUCUGGCUGAUAGACUCAGACAGCAGGAUGAAAGCUGGAGGUCCGAAGUUAAAAGUCUUCAUGAAGAUCUGCUGCGUCUUAGACAAGAGCUGCUUCUCACUCGCUUACUCUUCAAGACGAAAACUAAUGCUGGGCCAAGACAUGGUCAAGAUACUGCCAGAGUACUCUCUCAGGAAGACCCACAGCAGUUAAAGAGCGACUCUGGCUGUGACACUGAUAACAGCUCACAAACACAGAUAUAUGGUGCUCAGGGACCAUGUUUGCCUCCAACUCCUCCAAACAGUCAGAAUGUUUCCCUCCUAGACAGGAAAUGGCGCCAGGACCACAGGCUGUUAAAACACAUGCAGUUCCUGCACUGUUUGAGUGGCUUGCGCAGAGGCUAUGAGCCGUCUAUGUGUCAUGAUGGUGAUGUGGUCUGGGAUUCAGUAGUGCAGUUGCUGGAUUCCGUGGUGGAGGUUUUCAGGCAGAUACAUGUUGGACAGCCUCUGCAUCACCCAGAGCAGCUGCGUCAUGCCACACAAGUGGUGGCACAGACCCUGAGUCGAGGAGCAACACAGAACGGGUGUUCAGUGCAGCACUUUAGCAAAGUGAAUGACCUGUUGAAGGAGAUGAUCGGCCUAUUGCUAACCAACCAACAGCUCAAUUCGUGCUCAGUCCAUGGCGUGCUGUCAGAGUGUUUGCUGGCUCUGGGAGGAAGUCCUGUGGUGAGAACUGCACUUGUUCAACUCCUGAUGUCUCAGAUCAUUCAGCUUGCACAGCAGCUAUGGGAUACCUGUAAGAGGUCCAGAGAGGAACAGCAUCAUCAGGUGGACUGGAUCUGCUAUGAAAAUUCCUUCUAUGUGUUUUGGCUGCUGGAACAUCUUGCCCAGGACAGUGAUUAUGAUGUUAACCAGGAGCUUGUGAUCCAGCUGGAAACUAAAGCAUUCCCUCUCGCAGAUGAGUUUCCCCUAUUCUCUCUGUAUAUGUGGCGGAUCGGAGGUCUCUUCAGGGCAGGACACACAUGAGCAGAUGUAGACUGCUUCCAAAAAAAUUUUGCUUUUUAAGAGCUCAUUUUACAUGUGGUGCUUUAAUAAAAAAAAAUAAUUAACUGUUAAUAAAUUUUAAA